ACGGAGGCAACGGCCACGCCCCUAAAUAGAGCAAAGGGGCGGAGCUCGACGGUACCCGGCGAGCAACGAUUCAGGAAACGGAGGACAUUUGUGGAGAUUUUAGCACUGUCAUAAGCAGCGGGAAUGAAUAUUCUUCCUAAGAAGUCGUGGCACGUCCGCAACAAAGACAAUGUGGCUCGCGUAAGACGGGACGAAGCGGAGGCUGAACUUCAGCGGCAAAAGCGGGAGGCCAGAGUCCUCUUAGCUGAACAGGAGGCCAGGACUGAAUUCUUACGGAAGAAAGCACGUCUGUCAGCUGCAGAAGGUGAUAAGAGUGGCUCAGACCUUGUUUCUUUGGAUUCAGAAAUGCCCCCAGGACAUCUUAACCUCUUUCAGGGGUUGCAAGAGAGUGGCAACAAAGAAUAUGAGGAAGAGAAGAAGCAGGAAAAGGAGCGAAAAGAAAAAGCUCUAGGAAUCCUGACUUACUUGGGCCAAAGUGCAGCGGAGGCUCAGACAUCCAUUCCCUGGUAUCAGGAGCUGCCAGAUCGUAGCAAAACCAAUGCCAAGGAUGAGAAACUUAAGGGAAGGCUGGACCCCCUGUCUGAGAUGGGAAAACAUUUAUACAAGAAGAAGCGCUCUCAUAAAAAGGAAGAAAAGAAAGAAAAAGGAAAACCGAAGCCCAACGAAAGCAAAGGAAACCUAGCACUUAGGCCUCCAUCUUCUUCCCCAUCUUGCUCUCUGGAACAGCUCCGCCAGGAAAGGUUGCAGAGGGAACGGGCAGAACGAGCUCGAACCAAAUCUCUUCUUGCCCAGAAAUCUGGAAUGAGUCCACGCCAGGAGGAAGAAGAGGAAAUGGAUGAAAGGAAACGUGGCUACAACUCGCAGUUCAACCCCCAGCUGGCAAGACAGAGAGCAGUGAAAGACAGUCGAAUUGAGUGGGUAUAAAGCAGGAAAUCUGGUUAGUCAAACCCAAGUUCUUCAGCUGAAAAUAUUCAGUGCAAAAUGCUUCAUAGAAUUCCUGGCCAUAAACCUGCAGAAUCAGGCCAAAAAAUGGCUUGUCAUAUGGCUUCUAGGAUGAUUUUUACUCAAUUAUAAUUAUCAUUCACUGGGAAAAUCAGCCAAGCAAUUAAUGAAUCUAUUUUUGCUGUUUGCUCUGAACUGCCAGAAAGAAAAAAAACCCCCACAAAGCUAGAUUGAUAAAAGGAUACAAUUUCCUGAUCCAGUAACUUAUCUGCUUUAUUCUUUAUAGCCUUCCUGAAAAUAGUGUUUUAUGGGGCACCAUGUCGAUGAUUCUGAAUUUAAUUGUAAAUGCAGCAGCAGCAAACCCAUCUCAUGCAGUAUGGAGAACGGAGGCAAUGCCAUGUACAUCUGUCUCAAAAUAUUAAUUUGCUGCAUUAAGAGAUGGACCAAGGUAUUAGUCAAAAAGCACCAAACCUGGGAUACACUGAGACUUCUUCAAGAAUGGUGGAAUAUCCCAGAGGUCAUUCUUCCAUUGUUUUGUAUGUGGUCCAGAUAGUUGAGAAAAUUGCCAGUUUUCCUGCUGUUGUAAUUCAGUGCUCAUCUUUGUAUGCGACCUUCUGCCAUUAGAGAAAUGAGCACAAGAAAGAUUUUGUGCUCUGCCACUGUGAAGAUUUAUCCUUAUAAUAAGAGCAUUCAUAGGCAGUAGUUUUAAUGUUAUAUUUUUUAGAUGUGAAAGACUGGAGCACUUCACGGUAAUACAGGCUAAGUGAUGUAGGAAAGGUUAUGAUGUGCUAAUUAGCCAAAUUAUGUAAAAACAGGACUGUAGAUUGCCCGUAACUUGAAACUGCAAAAGUACAUCUUAAAAGGAUACUUCUUGAACAAUUAUGUAGUUUUGCUUGGCUUAUUCUAUUGUGAGAAACUGAGAUUGGUUUGUAACUCUGGAUUUAAAGCUUAGCAUGCUAUGUAUUGUAGUUUGUGAUUGACUCUUUGUGACCAGAUUCCUGCAGGAUUCUCUGAGAUUGUAAAAUAAGCAGCCAAAAUUUGCUUCAAAUGUUGUUAUCUGGAUGCUUCUUCAUUAUCCAAAUAAACACUUCCCUUUUUACUAUA